GGGGGGGGGGGGGAGGGUUGUUAUGUUGCCAUGUGUUUUUGGGUAGAGAGUCCUUCCUAUGAGAUUAAACCUCCUGCAAUAGACGGGUGAUAGAUAGGUAGAUUGGAUUACAACUUCAUUUGUCCAGAUUUGCAACGACAUCGCCCUAAAUUCAGACCAUCAAAAACUGGGCUAAAUUAGAGAUACAUGUUUACAACUUUCAACGCUAGUCCUGACGCUUUAAGAUGUCUCUUGGAAAGGAAAGAAACGGAAUGAAGGCGGGCACAACAGAGAGAGACACAGGCCACUCAAGUCUACAGUUGGACCAUUUGAAGAAGAUUUCUUGAAGUACAGGAGAGCCUCGAAAUAAAGUCAAGGGAGGGCGACAUAUUUGAGCUUCCCCUAUGUGAAGGGAAUUGUGACUUGUAGGGGACCUGGUGAAAUAAUUAUGAAGCCAAUCUCACCCUUUCAUUCAUUUUUGAAAUGCAAGGUAUUUUACAGAAUUCUGACUUUAUAGCAACACCAAAGGCACUCCAAGUGGCCAGCUACUGAUGAAAGGACAUUUAGUAUAAUGCCAAGUUUUUAACUUUGUUUGUGUUUUUAAAUACAUUACAACUGUAUCCUCGAUUCGCUUCUGAUACGAUAAAUAAAUACCGAAUUCUGACUUUUGAGACACUUCAAUCUGUUCCGAGUUUUGAGACAAAAACAAACUCUGCCGCCCCAAACUCCCUUACUUAGGCAGGGCUCACCUGAUAUCGACCGUAGGGCUCUAUACCGUAUAUAUCAUCUACCCGAUGACCAAUCGCUGUCGCCUUACCUAUUGGGUUUCCUUGUUGAGUGAUCAAUAAAGGAGAAUUCUCGGCCGCCAGACCAGCCGCUCUCCUUAACUCUAAACUGUCCAAAGCCCGGCCGCCAACAUAAAAACGCAAGAGGGCACAGUUGUGGGAAGAUAUACCGACUCUUCCUCCGAGCUCUGUCCUGCGAUUCAUUCCUCUUCUGGACUUCAUAACACGGUAUGAGGCCGGGGCGAGCAAAGAGACACGCGUGAAUAUGUAAACACGCUCCCCCACGCGCCAUUUCAAGCCAUUAGGUUAAUUUAAUGAGGAAAAUCAGGUAGAAUGAGUGGAGGGGAGCUUGGAAAAGGAAUUCUCCUUCAUCCUGCACUAGGAGUUAUUUUUAGGAUACUCCGCAUAGGUUAGACCUAGCCAGAAAUAAGGAGAGGGGGAGUUUUGAACUUUCCACCCUCCAAAGAUACAGGUUUCCUCCUUCUUUUGCUACCGAUGUGAGUGUGUGUAGAUGUCCCCUUUACUCGUGGCCACUUUCUAAAUUUCCUAUAAACACGCUGGGAUGGACUAAACUUUUCCAAAGGAAGCGAGAACCCCUUUUCCAUCUCCCUCUCCCCCUUCGCCUCUCCACGUUCCCAGCCAGGCUCUUCUCCUCCCUCAUUUGUGCUUCCACACUUCCCUCUUCCUCCUCCUCCUCUGUGUAUUUAUUCCUCUUUUUGUUUGAAAAGGAAACUUCAAAAAACGAUUCUGGGGAUGGAUCUUAUCUCUGGGAGAACGACUAUAUAUGGCUCAAAAGGGGGAGCCUGGGCUGGAAGGUGUGGGUUUGUGUAUAUCUGAGGUUGAGCUCGGAUAGGUGGGUGCGUUUGGGGGUGUUUAUUCCCCUCCCCUCCUCUCUCUCUCUCUCUCUCUUCUCUGUCUCUGUCUGUUGUUGGAAAGUGAUGGUUGUUGGUGGCGGAGAUGCUGUGGCUGGUUUGUUCUAGGGGGGUCCCCUGUGCAAAGCGAACCCCUCCAGGGUGCGAUUUCGGCGUCUUCGGCUCCUGCGAUUGGUCAGCGCCUGAUCAGAUGGUUUUCUUUCCUUAUGUCCCUGGUUGGCACGCGGCCAUCCCCCUUCAGCUAAAACCCAAUCUCCCAUAUACUGCUAAUAGCUAAACCGCUUGGACUAUAAAACGCAACAAAUCAUAAAGACCCCGGGAAAGAGCAGGCUCUGCUCUUCAGCAUUAUUAUUAUUGUUAUUAUUAUUAUUACUGUUAUUAUUAUUAAUUUUCCAAUGAGUUCUUAUUUCGUCAACUCCACUUUCCCGGUGAGCUUAGCCGGGGGCCAGGAGCCCUUCCUGGGACAGCUGCCCCUGUAUCCCACCGGGUACGCGGACCCUUUAAGGCACUACCCCGCCACCUAUGGACCUGGGGCCGGCGGCGUCCCAGAGAAGGCUUACCCGGGCGCGCCUUACUACCAGCAAGCCAACGGAGGGGCGCCUUACAGCCGGAGCCCCGCCGCCUGCGAUUACGGGACGCCCCCCGGCUUCUACCGGGAGAAAGAGACCUCCGCCUGCUCCCUCUCCAGUUUGGACGACCCGGCUCAGUUCGGGCAGGAGUCGGGCAGGAAGUCCGACUGCUCCCAAAGCAAACACGUCUUCGGGGACAGCGACGACCAGAAGUGCUCGACCCCCGUGUACCCCUGGAUGCAAAGGAUGAACUCCUGCAACAGUUCUUCCUUUGGGCCGAGUGGCAGGCGGGGGAGGCAGACCUAUACCCGUUACCAAACCCUGGAACUGGAGAAGGAAUUCCACUUUAACCGUUACCUAACCAGGCGCCGCCGGAUCGAGAUCGCCCACGCGCUGUGCCUGACGGAGCGCCAGAUCAAAAUCUGGUUCCAGAACCGAAGGAUGAAGUGGAAAAAGGAGAACAAGCUCCUCAACUCCACCCAGCUGAGCGCCGAGGAGGAAGAAGAGAAAACGACGGAAUGAGACAGCAAAGGAAAGAGAAAAGAGAGAGAGAGAAUAUGAAGGAGGACGAAAGCAACAGCAACAAAAUGGCAACAGUUGUGGGAGCUCCCCAAAAGGAGGGGAAAUGGGUGGGCAGGCACAACCGAGGCACCAUUUUUGUAAAAAUAAUAAUACCCAAGACUGUAUGGAAAUGUUGGCCCAGCGUCCUUUUGCACCCUCAUCUAGUAAUCUGUCGUGUCAUAAACAAGCUUCUAGUCCAGUUUUGAUUUCCCCACCCUUUCUAUAGCCCUUCUCCUCCCCUUCCGCCACACCACAAAUGGAUUUGAUGAAAACAAAAGAACACAACUUUGGGUGUCCUUCUUAGCAUUUUUGCUAACUCUUGUAUUUAAGUGGAGGUGCUGCAAUAUAUGUGUCAGAUUUGGGAGGGUGUUGGUUGUCUUCAUUUUCUAAAACAAAAGUCUCAUGCACGAUUUUCCUUAUUAUAUGUUGUUGGGUUGGGGUUUUUUUAAGUUAAUCAAACCCUAGGUUCUUUACCAUUUAAGGGGUUUUGGUUUGGUUUUCAAAGACAAAAAUCUAUUGCAAAAGAACAAUGACUACCUAAAUAAACAAAGAGGGGUGUUGUUGUGGUUUUUGUUUGCUUUGUUUUAUUUUAUUACAGAUUUGUACAGUGUUGUGUUUGUAGUUUGUGUUAGCAAUGGAGAUUUUAAAUCCUCUAAUAAAUAUAAAAAACAAACAUGUCCAGAAAA